UUUCUAACAACUGCUGUUAUAGUGAGUCUGCUGUAUAUCCUGAGAGGUUUCACCUGUUUUUACUGUAAAACUUUCAGCUGGUGAGUUGAAACUCAUUCGUCCUGAACAGCAUACACAUUUUUUAAAACCUUUUACAUGCUAACAACUGUCAAGCUCAACAUUUCGGUCUUCAACAACAGCUAGCUAGCAAGAAUCGUCGUUAAUAUGUUUGGGUAAGCUAAGUAGGCUAAGUAAGUUAAAUGAACAACCGAGGUAGUUUUUAUCAUAAACUGUACUAAAGCAUAAUGUCUUGGGUUUUAUCUUUUAUCUGUCAUCUCGUAUCUCAUUUACCUCUAUCUUUUUAGCUUUUGUUAUACUUGUACUCUUUUCUUAAUUAAUCUCUUGCUAAUUUCUGUUGCUCUAUUUUCUCAUUACUAUUAUUAUCAGUAUUACCUGUUAUUAUUUUAUGAAUUACAUUUUCUUUUAUAUUAACUACUUUAUGUUUUUAUUUUUGUCCUCAUGGUCUCAUUUUAUGUUGCAUGGUUCUUGUAUUGUCUGGGUUCCUUAUGACAUGAAAAUGGCCUUUAAUUCUGUUUUUCAUCUGUCUUUUUCCAUGUGCUUUCUGACUUUAUGUCAAAACACUUAGUAACUUGUUGUUGUUGUUGUUGUUAAAACCAACAGUACCAUCAUAACUUUCUUGCUGUAAUACGCAGUGGAAGUGCGCAUGUAAAGAUUAGUUGUGAAGAAUAUUAUGAGAAGUGGGAAUUAACAUCAUUACACCUAAAGGAGGAGCAAAAUUCAGCCAUCAGUAAGAGAAAGCAAGUGACUUAAAAGGGUUAUAAACUACUUUUUUUAUCCUAAGACUAAAGGCAUUUUAUCUUAUCUAAGUGUUGGAAAUGUUUGAGAUUAUACACAGGUUUGAAAGCUGAAUAUGGAACCAAAUAAGUGCUGCUCCUUUUAUAUGAUAUGGGAAAUGUACUGUAUUGUUUGUGGUCUUAAUGCAAGUGGAACAUAUCCAGCAGGAUUUCCAGUACUUGAGUCCAAGAUAAAUUUCCCCAGGGGGACAACUAAUUAUGUUGUAUCAUAUUGUGUUGUAUCCUUUUGUGAUGUACUGUUUAGUAUGAUAUGUCAAAGUUUUAUUUAACUCAAAGGUCAUCCACAAGGACAUUCUUGCAUAUACUAAUGUAAUAUUUUCUGUGAACAGCAUGGAAUUACUUUUUAUUUAUACCCAUUAAAGACCAUUCAAGCCAUGCCGAGGGGAAGAUCUGCUACAAGUGCCCGCUCAUACACAAGUGAAAUGGAUGCUGAUGGCACUGGUAAUGUUGGACAUGUUUCUGUUAUAAGAUAUGAAGUCUUGGUUAAGUAAUCUUGUUUAGCCAGUCACAGAGGUGAGGCAUUUUUAACAUCCAUAUGGUGUCUUUAUUUAUGUAGAAUCAGAGAUGGCCAAACUGCAGAGACAAUUCAAAAUCAUGGAAGGAGAUCGGCAGGCGUACAGUAUUCAGGCCCAGGAACAGAUCCGCAAACAAAAGUGAGUAUGCACAACAGCAAUACACCACAAAGUUAAACCAAAGUAUGUUGUUUUAAUUUGCCUGGGUGGAUGUUUAUGUGGGUGAAGACAGGAGAUAGAGAAGCUGCAGACGGAGCAGGAGGAACUGCAUCGAAACCUUGGGUUGUGUAAGAGCUUGUCACGCCAACAACAGGAGAGCGAGGAUGCCCAGAGUCUUCAAGCUCUGCUAGGGCAGAGGGACAUGCUGGAGGAGGAGCUGAGAAAGGAGAAGAUUUGUCAAAAUGAAGUCGAGAAAGAGGUUCAUAAAUAAAUUUUUACUCUGUGUGAAAUCAAUUCAAGAUUCCUUAUUUCUACUAAUGAUUUUGUUGUAUAUUGUGGCUAUAAUGUGGGCAGAUAUCAAGCAUGGAGUUGAAGAUGGCAGAGGUGCGAAAAUGCAAAGUCAGUGCUGGUACUGCACAACGAAAUGAGGUUCAGCAAUCACAGAAAGCUAUACGCACUUUGGAAUACAGAUUGGACAGGGUGAGUACCAAAACUGAGUACUACAAGAAAAAAAAACAGUUGUGCACACCUGCAAGUCUGUGUCUUUUGUGUCUGGUCUAGGCUUUAACCCGCUUCAACGAGCAGCUAAACAACAACAGCCACCUGCGAGAGGAGCUGCAGACUCUUCAAAUUGAGCGUGCCCGUUUCCAGCAACUUAAAAACAGGCUGGAAAAGGUCAGAGGUCAUACUAUAGAUCUUGUUGUGUAUUAUACAUUUUUACUGUGGUGUCAUCGUUCUCUGAUUCUUGUAUUGCAGGAGCUUCACAAUCUCCGUAAGAAGAUUGGGGAAGUUGUCACCCAGUCCACUGCUGCUUAUGAUGCUAGGUCAGACCUGAGACAGUUUUGUAGAGUAAUGUUAUGUCCUAUAAUCUUGGCUAUUUUAAGAAUUACACUCUUUACUCCAGGGUGGAGGCUCAGUCCAAAAUGACCAUGAUGAAGGAGAAGGCAGAGAAGGAUCUCACCCAGUAUAACGCUGAGAUGAAGGAACUGGAGAGGGUUAUCGCACAUGAGUUCAGCCUGAAAGAGUUUAUGACCACCAAGUGCAGCGAGAAGAGAGGACAUGAUGAGGGCCAUGAGACUGGACACAGACAAUGUAAGACCUCUAGUGUUUGAGCAUAUAUUGUUGCUGCGUAUCUAUACUACAUUCAUAUUCAUAGUCAAAUUUUGUGAGCACUCUGGGGAACAUUAGCCAACGAUAAAUCACAUAAGCACAGCCCAGAAAAAUGAAUCUCAUUUGCUCUUAAUGCAGCAAAUAUAUAAAGGGCCUCAUUAAAAGGUUAAAAGGACAUUACUGAAAGUCCUCUGUAGCCAUAUUAAAGAAAUAGUUAUGUUAUUGUUCUUUUUUAAGGGGGGUUGUGUAAGGGACUUUCCAGUAGACAGUGCAUUACCCAGGGGAUGUCAAUCACUUAGGUCCCUUUGUCCUUUGUUGAUAUUGGGUAUCAGCUGCUGCAGACAGGGUCAGCACUUACUGUUGACAUGUACCUCAUGCAAUUCCACUUAGAGAAAACUGAUCUAUCUCUUUAAGGUGAUUGUUGGAUUCUUUUAAAUCCUCUGCUUUUACACCAAGACUUGUACAUUCAGUAUACAUCUCAUUUAAUUUGACUGCAAAAAAAAAAAAAAACUUAAGUGUGAAACUCUGCGCAAAAAGGAGGAUACAUGUCUGCUGUGAUGAUUCUGAUCUGUUUGAUGUUUCCUCCAGUGUCAGCACCAAAGGUGCAGAGGAGGAUGGACUCCGGAGAAGAGUCACGGGAUGCUCUGGAGGAGGUGUUUGAGAAGAUCAAGACUGUGACGGGGGAGGACAACCUGGACUUGCUGGUCUCGAGAUUCAUCCAAGGUGGGUCUUAAAACACAUUUCUUUCACACUCACCUCUACACAAAAAACAAAACCUUUGGUUUGGGGAGUUCAUUUUUCAUAGAUUGUAACAGGAUUUGUUUGAGCAUGUGUUAAUCAUAUAACUGCUGUUAUUAUUAGAAAAUCAAGAAAAAUCAGAGAAAAUGAUGUCUUUUUGUCUCACUUGUGUUUUGCUUUGUAGUUGAGGACCGGAACUUCGCACUCUUUAAUUUUGUAAAUGAGCAAAACAAUGAGGCUGAGGUUCUGAGGGAUCAAAUUAGCCAGGUGAGCUUUUUUUCUACUCCUACUUAUGAUGUGGUGGGGCAAAUUAGAUUUCAGUGCUUAAAGACAACAAUAAACCGGUAUUGAAACAUCUUAAAUCAAAGUGUUCAGCAACUUUUAGUAAAUUUUAGAGAGAGGUUUAUUUAACAUCGUUAUAGCAAGUCAAAGGUAAGUAACCAAUAAGGGUUAAUGUAGUUAACUUAUUUUUCUGAUGUGUGAACCUGCAGAUACAGUCAGAGAUUGAGCAAUUUGGAGAAACAGCUUUGCAACAGGAGCGAGAGCAUCAAUGUCUGCUUCGCGGCUUUGAUGAGAAACGAAAAGAGAUCGAGUACCAAGCUGAGGACUACGAACAACGAGCCAGCAUCUUGAGCCAAAUCCUGGACCAGAUUAAAACAGGUUUGGCUGUGAUUUGUGUCAAAGUACACAUCCAAAAAAAUGCCUCCUGAAAGUCACAGGGAAUAGCAGAACUGUGCGAGCUGAUUUUUCUUAAAUUUAUAUUUUUAAUCUAAGUGUUUACAUAUGACAGCCUCAACUAGAACAUCACACACAAAAAAAGGAAGCAGUGAAGUGAACUUCUGACUUUCAUUUCCCACAGAAGUGAACAGCAUCGUCUCAAAAAUAGACUGUGACCGCUCAGUGAUCGAGGAUAAACUCGGCUCCUCUGCAGGGAUCAGUGAGAACAAUAUAAUGUCCUACUUGGGUUUGGUGGAGCAGAAGACCAAUGAGUUACUUACUAUACAAGCGUUCCUCAACUCUAAGGUGACCUAUGCUAAUGUCUUAUAUUUGAAUAUUCAACAAAAAUUCCCCUUUUUCUUCACACAAACUGUGUUUCUCUUUCUAAAACUUAGGAUCUGGAAAAAGACUACAAUCCAAAAGACCUUGCUAAAUUUCUUUUGGGUCAAAAUCCAGAACUGCUUCAGCAGAAUAUAAGCAUCCAACCUGCAAUUGACAGGUGGGUCUGCUGUUAAUCCAUUUUGAAACCUACUUUUAAGAUAUUGGUCAUCGUUACAUACUUUGUGGGUGUAAUCAUAUUUUUGUGUUGUUUGGACUUCUCAGUUUGGAGUACGAUGAGUCUCCGGUCACAGAUGAGGAGGAGCGACCGCUUUCACAGGGGGAACUUCGCAGACGGAUAAUGAAAAGGGUCAGUGCUGUUCCGAAUAAAUAAUCAUACUUGGUGAUCAACUUUUAAGACCCAAUUCCUUCUUCGAUGUGGUUGACAGGUUCAGCAGAAAGAAAGUUCCCAUCGGCAGGCUGCAGCCAAAGCCACAAAGAUCUGACUGGGGACUAAGCCCACUGGACGGGGCACUGAUCCAGACCACUGACCUGUGCUGGAGUUGACAUUCACACUGAAAUGAGACACUCAGUCUGACAUUGAAAGGCCUGAUUUCAUUGAUUACUGUGAUACGGGGGCCAUGACCACUCAUCAAAUUACAUUGAUUGGCAGUUUUAAAAUGUUGUAGUCUGCAGAUGCACAGAUGUAAAGCUUGAUUGUGUUGUU